GGUGUGUGGUGUCACAGUUUUGAUUACAGUACUUUUCAUCUAUUGUCUACUUCGUAAAAUGGGCCGUUUCCAGUACAUUGUAAUGCUCAUUUCCCUGCUCGUUUACACGGCACUGUGCGACAGCAGAGUAUCUGGAAAGGACGGCACAUCAUCUUCCAAGAAUACCAGUCAGAGCGCGGAUAGUGAUAACGAAGUUGUUGCUGCAAAGAAAUCGGCAUCUGCUGCAGUCGCCACCGCUGCCACCAGUAUUCCAAACAGCGUGGCACCUACGUCGACGGCCAAAGGGCAGACAUCGGCUGGCUAUGAAUCUGAUGAAGACGAGUGGGAGGAUAAAUCUUCUGCCACCGAUACCACUCAGAGCGCGGACAUUGGCUUAACCAACUUGACCCAGCCGACGAUUACACUGCCCUACGCCAGCCUCCAAAUGCAAGUCUUCAACACGACAUCCGAUAGGACGCCGCUUUUCUACGCACCGGCCGCAACUCUGAUGCCGCCUGAGUUCGCCAGAGAUCCCGGUUCGGUGUCAGUGAGCGUCGAGAGCAAUACGAGGUGCCUCCGCAUCAUAAUGAAACUCUGUACACCGUCGAGCUGUACAUCCUCCAGCAACGUGCGGUACUACUGGGACUUGUACAUGAAUCUAGCAGUGGGAGCUUAUUCCAGGGUCUUCCCGUUGAAGUUGCAAUGGAUGCUGCUGGGGCACUCAACCAAUGACUCCACCCCAACGAUAACAACUAGUCUUUGGCAGCCCAUGACCACCAUCCCACCGACGGCUUCCGUGCGCCUGUGCUAUCCAACGGACGCAGCCUACAACAAACAGUUGACCGCGCUGCGCAACGACAGCGCGCAGUUUGCGUCGCGCCUGUUCGUGUCCCUGGCAGUAACCGCCCCACGUGUUCGCACGGCUCCGUUCUGCAUCGAUACCAAAUAUCUUCCAAACAACACGAUUGUCAACGCAAUGGCGGAACGCUUCGCAAGCGGGCACAACUACAUUUACAUGCAAUCCAGCGAAUACGCCAGUUUCACUAAAACGGUCGUUGCAGCAUCUGUUGAAAAGAUGUUGGGUGGAGACGAGUUCGUUGAGGAUGUCGAGAGGGACAGCUUGGUCAGUGAAAUGUCGGCUGUUUUCCCGUUUAAUACCACCACCACCAAAAACUUUACGGCGGAUAUGUGGGCAGCCACGUACUGGCCGACGGAGCGCCCCGAUAUCAAGGCACGUCGAUUGGACAGCAUUCUCGGCACGAAUCGUAUCUGGGUGCGGCAGAUGGUUCCCUACCGGUUUAACUUUCCAGCUCCACGUCCGUUAAGGGAAGCUUUUUAUGCGGCGAUUAACAAUUACGAAAUGUACGUCAGCGAUGAGGAUUUUAAAGUUCACCUGAACCCGAGACCCGUGUAUCGUGUUAAUCUGCAAGUCCUCCGUCAAGAUGCGCCGGUAUGCAGCGGAAAUAUUUCGUUGACAAGGAGGAAUUCCGGUUAUACUGGCACGGUACCGUUGAGUGUGGGCGGAAAAAUUGUGUUUGAUGAUGGAACCACUCUGUAA